AUGGAAAGAAAUAAAGAGAUCGUAGCUGGAGCUACGUUCAUGUACAUCGUAUACAUAGAGUUAGAUUAUGAUAAGAUGAUGACGUACUGCCUGAUCACAAGCCUUUCCCCAUUUGCACUCGUCAUGGGAUCGAUUUCGUUCCUGUUACUCCUUCAAGUCACGGCGGUGAUCACCUUCGAAAUUUUGAUGAGGAUCAAUAAGGCGAAGAAACGAGACUUGCUGCAUAGCCGAAAUGCACACUUCAAUGACGGUGUAAUAUCGAAGCUGUACCAAGUUCGAGAAAAUGUUAGGUAA